AUGCUUUGGAUUUAUACUUUAAUUGGUAAUGCACUCUCAAGAAAUCCAGGUCUCGGGCAGGUUGUUGCACGAGUUAACAUUCUAGCAUCAGAAGGGGUACAAAAGAAUUUUGAGGGAACUCUAGUUGGUGCUGAUCGUGCGAAGGAUCUUGCUGUCUUGAAGGAAGCCUCUGAAGAUCUGUUGAGACCUAUUGUUGUGGGGCAGUCAUCUUCUCUAAGAGUUGGGCAGCAAUGUUUAGCAAUUGGAAAUCCAUUUGGAUUUGAUCAUACCCUUACUGUUGGAGUUAUUAGUGGACUGAAUCGAGACAUUUUUAGUCAAGCGGGAGUCACCAUUAAUGGUGGAAUUCAAACCGAUGCAGCUAUCAAUCCUGGGAACAGUGGAGGACCCCUGCUAAAUUCAAACGGAAAUUUGAUUGGGAUAAAUACUGCAAUAUUUACUCAGACAGGUACAUCAGCAGGUGUAGGAUUUGCUAUCCAAUCAUCAACUGUGCUAAAAAUUGUCCCUCAGUUGAUCCAAUUCGGCAAAGUUGUUCGAGCUGGUUUGAAUGUGGAUAUAGCUCCAGACCUGAUUGCAAAUCAACUCAAUGUUCGUUAUGGAGCUCUUAUUUUACAGGUCCCUAAAAAUAGUGUUGCGGCGAAGGCUGGCCUACUUCCUACCACAAGGGGAAUUGCGGGUAACAUAGUCCUCGGGGAUGUCGUUGUUGGAGUUAACAACAAACCUGUUAAAAACCAACCAGAGUUGAACAGCGUAUUGGAUGAAUUUAGCGUGGGGGAGAAAGUAAUCUUAAAUAUUCAGAGAAGCGGUGAAAAUUUGGAGGUUCCCAUAAUAUUAGAGGAAAAGAGUUCAUAAUUGGUAUGCUGAUGAUUUUUACUUGUUAAUCAGCAUAGCAUUUCCUCAUUUGUAUGAGUAUAUUAUUAUUCUUGGUCCUGAGAUGUACAAUGAGGAAUUA